CCUUAAAAAAGUUGUCAUUCGAUUCCCAUUCCACAACGCUCGCCCAGUUUUCGCAGGGGACAAAAACUCGCCAAAGCGCACACACGCGGAGAAUCCCAUUUCGGAAGGAUCUGAAAUCAAAGCCCUAAACUUGCUUGCUUUCCGGAGUGAUCCGACUCUCUCCCCGGGCUCUUGAAGUCUGCGAUGGCGCAUCGAAGAACGAAGCUCUGGUUCCUCCUUUUCUCUCUGUGCCACGCUCUCACCGCCGUUGCAGGGAAGAGCUACUACGAUAUACUGCAAGUGACGCGUGGUGCGUCGGAUGACCAGAUCAAGAGGGCGUAUAGAAAGCUCGCGUUGAAGUACCAUCCUGACAAAAACCAGGGAAAUGAGGAGGCGAAUAAGCGAUUCGCCGAAAUUAGCAACGCGUACGAGGUGUUGUCCGAUAGCGAGAAGAGGAAUAUAUACGACAGGUAUGGGGAAGAGGGGCUGAAACAACAUGCAUCUAGUGGCGGAGGCAGAGGUGGCGGAAUGGGAAUGAACAUCCAAGACAUUUUUGGCCAGUUUUUUGGUGGGGGCCAAAUGGACGAGGAAGAGAGAGUUGUUAAAGGCGAUGAUGUGAUUGUUGAUUUGGAUGCAAGUUUGGAAGAUUUAUACAUGGGAGGAUCAUUGAAGGUUUGGAGGGAGAAAAACAUUUUAAAGCCGGCCCCAGGCAAGAGACGCUGUAAUUGUAGAGAUGAGGUAUAUCACAGGCAAAUUGGUCCAGGGAUGUUCCAACAGAUGACAGAGCAGGUCUGCGAACAAUGCCCAAAUGUCAAAUAUGAACGGGAGGGAUAUUUUGUCACUGUUGAUAUUGAGAAAGGGAUGCAGGAUGGGCAAGAGGUUGUUUUCUAUGAAGAUGGCGAGCCUAUAAUAGAUGGAGAAGCUGGAGAUUUAAGGUUUCGUAUCUGCACAGCUUCCCAUGAUCGCUUCAGAAGAGAAGGCAAUGACUUGCACACCUCAGUCACCAUAACACUGGUUCAAGCCCUAGUUGGUUUUGAGAAGACAGUCAAACAUCUUGAUGACCAUUUGGUAGACAUCGGCACGGAGGGAAUUACUAAGCCCAAGGAAGUGAGAAAGUUAAAAGGGGAGGGGAUGCCGUUGCAUUUUAGCACAAAGAAAGGGGAUCUCUAUGUCACAUUUGAGGUUUUAUUCCCAACCUCUCUAACAGACGACCAGAAGACAAAGAUUGAGGCAGUUCUUGCUUAGGAUAUAGGUGAAAUGUUUUUGUUUGGGUUCGAAGAUGUAAUCAAUUGUAACAUGAUGAGGGUAUUAUAGAAAAAUUCAGCGGACCCUGAGGUUCUUUCUUUUUCUAUUAAAUCCUUUCUCUUUGUUGUUUAGUUGUUUUCGAAGAUGUUUUUUACUGUAAUCAUUGAAGCUAUUGAGGCAUACUAUUUUUUCCUCGUUGGCAGCAUAGUUCUCCAUUGUUAGAACCAUGAUAGAAAUCAGAAAGCACUAAAUUUACUGAAGGGGGAGAGUUGCUAUUAA